UGCCUGCCGCAUGCAUGAUUCAGUGCCCCUACUUAUGAUUCCCCGUCCUCGUUGCCCUCAGCCGAGUUUCCUAGUUGUCUCAUGAUCUCAGGCCAUGGGAAUAUUUGGACGCCACGUCGAUACAGGCGGCAUGGAAAGAGCCUCAACGCCUCUUCCAUCAGAUGCUGUCAUAAAGAUCGAUCAAGAUGCGCCUUUCCUCCGUCUACCUCCAGAGGUAAUCUAUCAGAUUCUGAGCGACCUCCCCUGUCAGUCUUUGGUAUCUGUCUCCAGAACAUGCCGCCAGCUGCGCUCGAUCGCACAGGAAGAUCGACUAUGGUCGAAUUUUCUCCGACCGAACAUCCCCUCGAAGGACUUUCCGGCAGACAGUCCAUACCCAUCCUCUUCAUAUCGCGAUCUCUACAUAACGCAUCACCCAUAUUGGUUUUUACCGCGAAACAAGAUAUGGAUAUCAGACGACCCCCAUGUUGGCAGGAUCAUGAUAUGCAGAUUCGAUCCCAGACGAGGUUGCAUCGAAGGCUAUCGACUGCUAGCGGAGAGGACACAGACUGAUGGGAUCCUGUGGCCGUACAAGCCCACCGUGGUCAUCCACGGCUUUGAGCCUAGAGUUCAUCUCUGGCUUGACGAUCCGAUCCUAAAAAUACCGCACGAGGCUAUACCCUUCAACUCGCGCCAGGGAUGGUGGGAGGCAGAGAUCAGAAUGACCUUGGGCCUGCCCGGCCAUCACACAUCCGCCUCGUUCUUCCUGUGUCGGGAUAUACCAGAAGACCUACAAGAUAGGCGCAUGGAGCUUUGGCCGCCACGGACCAUCCCGAGGAUGCCUCGAGUACGGUCUGCCAGCGUUGACAACUUCAAAGGUUCUGGUCACAAGCCUCAUAAGUAUGAGGAGAUCUCGCAGACGACGUUCAGAAUACGGCAAUGGUCUCAGUUCAGUGUUGGUAUGACGCAUUUUGGCAUACGCAUCGGCGAAGAAGUGAGUACUUGGAGCACCAUCGAUCCAGCUCUGUACACUCCUACGCUCGAGAAACCAUACCAAGGCAUUUUUGUCGGAGACUACGCGGGUCAUGGAUGUGAAUUCCUCUUGGUGAUGCAAACGGAGCGUGCGCCCGAUGCACCAUCUAGACCGGUGAGGAAUUCGCACUUCCGCACACUGAUAGGACUUGCUCAAGGUGACGAGGAGGACGACAGUGAUGAGGACGAUGAGAUGGAAGAGACUCACGAGGUCCCUGCGACUACCGCAGCCAUGGCGAACGAGGAUGAUGGUAUUCAUUGUGGCGCUAUCGAGGCGGUGAAACUGACAGGAGAUCCCAACAUCCCUCGUGGCGAACACACAUUUAUUGCUGAUGACAUUGGACCAAACGGGCUGAUCAGGAUUGCGAACGAACAACCUUUCCGCGGGGCAAGAGUUGUCAAGAGUCGAGGACACGUCGCGCUACGCGGAUUCCAAGAUGAUGAGUUUAUCCCCUCGCAGCUGAUCAUGAUCAACCACAACAAGUUGGCUCAAUACUGGGUUCCCUUCGGACACAUCUCGUUCUAUGAACGAGUUGACAUAGACCGGCUGAUGGAUGACACCUUCCGGCGGCCGCCGUGAAGAGGAAAUAGUGGCAGGAUUGAUGACCGUUUACGUAGCGCUCACGCUGGGGAAGCCUGGAAACAGGUGAUCUUGUAAUUCACUGUUGACAAAGGUCAACAGGACCAUGAUACCAAUCAUGGCCAUCGCGCCCUCCC